AUCAUCAUAUUAAAUGACUGAAAAAUAUUAAAUAUUAAUAAAUAAUUUUUUAUGAAAUAUUUUUAUAAAAUUUAUAUUUAUUAAAUUAAUUCACAUUGAAUUAUUACUUAUCUUUGAAAUUGUUAUAUAUUGCAGGUAUGCGGGUUAGGUAUUCUAACUCUCGGUGUUUUGGUACAUCUACAAAUGUUAGGAGUAAAUCAGCAAAUCGAAACCGGUCUUGCGUUUCCAUCGAUAACAUUGAUCGUUCUUGGCAGUAUAAUCUUUGUAAUAUCAUUUUUCGGAUGCUGCGGUGCUAUCCGAGAAAGUCAUUGCAUGACUAUUACCUUCGCAUCGUUUCUCUUGUUUAUUUUGCUCGUGCAAAUAGCAAUUGCCGUUUAUGUCUUUAUAGUUGUCAAAAAUGAUGAUAAUUUCCGCAAUAUAUCAGAGAAAUAUCAGGAGUUAUUUAAUAGUUACUUUUUGAAUUCGGAGAGUAAAGAGUUUAUUGAUCUUGUUCAGAAAAAUUUGCAAUGCUGUGGUGUCCAUUCUUCAAGUGAUUAUAAUGAUCAUCCUAUUCCUGCAAGUUGUUGUAGUACUAUCGAAAAUGAUAAAAAAACUUGCUCUAUAAGUAAUUCAUAUGCGAAUGGUUGUGUAGAAGUAUUAAAAGAUACGCUCAAGUUUGCCGGAACUGUAUUUGGUAGUGUCGCUAUUGCUAUUGCCGGUGUUGAGUUAAUUGGCAUCAUUUUCGCACUUUGCCUGGCAAAUUCUAUAAAAAACGCUGAACGCAGGGGUUAUAGAGUAUGAAAGUUCAACAGAUAUUAAAAGAAAUAUAUGUUGAAAAAACGUAAUAAUUGAUAACAUUACCAUUAAUAAUUUUAUUUAAAGACAGUGAUAGGAAAUACUAUUAUUUUGUAUUGAAAUAAAUUUAAAUAGUUUUAUAAAUGAAAGAAAAAAAGAAAA